GACGUUUAAACUCAUUACUUUAACGGAGUGCAGGUUGGGAACAAACAUGUCGGCUUGUCCAGUGGAUCAUGGCGCGCAGCGCGGCGGUGGCGGGUGUCCGGUGGAUCACUCUGGUCCGGAUGCUGCUGCCAAGUCGGGCCUGAAUGCACUCAACUUCAUGGAGCCUGCGGAUCACACUGUCGACCCAAAGCAAAAGGUGCCGCUGAGCACGCAUCGUGUGCAGUCGACGAUUCCCAUGGGCUCGUUCGUCCCACAGCACCAGACCGAAGGACAGCAAACGUGGCAGUACCCAUCCGAACAGCAGUACUUUAACGCGAUGAAGCGCAAGGGAUGGGACCCCGAAGAGCGGGACAUGAAGGUCAUUGUGAGCAUCCACAACACGAUCAACGAGAAGGGAUGGAGCGACGUCGUCGCGUUCGAGCGCACGCUCCACCCCGAUGCGUACGGAAGCGACAAGUGCCCCGAGCCCAAGCUUGUUCGGUUCAUGGGUCGUCCCAAGGACUUCUCCCCCAAGGCGCGCUUCCUCAACACGAUUGGCGUCGCAAACCUCCCAUUUGACCGACACGACUGGAUCGUGGACCGCAAUGGCACCGAAGUGCGGUACGUGAUCGACUUUUACUCGGGCCAGCCGGUCCCGGGGAAGCCGCUUUCCGUGUACAUGGACGUCCGGCCAGCCCUCGACACGGUCCAGAACGCCGUUGACCGCGUCCGCAUGCAGUUCCACAAGUCGAUUCUACCGCUUCUGCCAUUCCGUGGCAUGCUGUGGAGUGAUAAAAAGGAAUAACUCUGUUGAUUUUGUCGUUUGCA